GUAAAGACCCCGGACACCCUUCAAACGGAAAUCGAAAUGGGAGUGAUUUUAGUCACGGUAAACAGGUAAACUUCGCCUGCUUGGAAGGUUUCAUGUUGGUGGGAAGCGCAACAUCUGUUUGUCAUAAGGGUGCGUGGAGUCAUGGUCUUCCUCAAUGCCAAGCUACUUGUAAAGAUCCUCGAGUCCCAGUGAAUGGAAAAAGAAAAGGAAACACAUUCAUUGACGGCGACACAGUGGAGUUUACUUGCGACGAAAACUACAGCCUCAUUGGUUCAUCGAUCAGUCGUUGUAUGGGUGGAAGGUGGAGCUCGGCUUUGCCAGAAUGCAAAGCUUCUUGCCCAGACCCUGGAAUACCCGUGAAUGGUGAAAGAGUUGACGGGAGUUUUGGACAUGGCAAGCACUUGCAGUUCAGGUGUAAACCAGGAUUUUGGCUGGUGGGAAGUCAGCUAAUCGUUUGUAGUGAAGGUACAUGGAGCAACGAAAUUCCCACGUGUAGAGCUGUUUGUAGAGAUCCUGGAAUGCCAGAGAAUGGAACAAGAAUCGGAGACGAUUUCCGAGAUGGUCAGAUGGUGGCUUAGAGAUGUAAUCCAAACUUUAACUUGGUGGGCUCACCUACCUCGUUCUGCAUAGCAGGACAAUGGAAUACAACAAAGCCAACGU